CUACAACUUCUGCAGUAUACGUACCAUACUCUACAUACCCACUCAUUCCCGUCAACCCAAGACGAGCGCCCAGAGCGAUUCGCGCCGUGCGGCUAGCCCUACGCCCUCCCCCGGCUCAGACUGCAGCGCCCGCGACAACUUCGGCGCUUUGGCGACGCCAUCUCAGGCCCCAUGUCGCCAUCCAUACUCCAGCCAGAGGCUGGAAUAUUCUAUGGCAUAUGCUGGCUCGUCGUCAUAGUCCGCCUGAUUUCACGAAGGCUGCAUCUUGGAUCAUGGAAGUCUUUACAACUCGACGACUAUUUGAUUCUUGUUGCCAUGGCCACGGAUACGGUGCUCAUCAGCAUCAUGCACCAGGUCGCCAAAACCAGCAGCAACUUGAUACCACCUGGUGACGAUAUCUCGCAAUAUACUCAAGCCGAGAUCAACACUCGUAUUUAUGGCUCCAAGCUGGUCUUGGUAGUAGAACAGAUGCAGAUCCUCACAAUCUGGCUCAUCAAGGCCUGCCUCCUCAUCAUGUACAACCGCAUGACUUUGGUCUUGCCGCAACAUAAGACUGUUGUUGCCACUUCCGUCUAUGUCGCUGUAUCGUUUGUUGUCAUGGAGGUGUUGUACCUUGGUGUGUGGUGCAGGCCGUUCAACCAGUACUGGGCAGUCCCUCCAAGCUCAAAACAAUGCUCCGCCGCAACGAACCAUCUCAUCACGAAUGCCGUGUUCAACAUUUCCAGCGAUUUAAUCAUCAUCUGCAUACCCAUGCCGCUUCUGUUCAAAGUGCGCUUGCCAAUGAAGAACAAGAUCAUCUUGGGCCUAAUCUUUUGCAUUGGAACUUUUACCAUUGUCGCUGCUGCCCUCAACAAGUACUAUUCCUUCACACAUCCUUUUGGAAAUGAGUGGACAAUCUGGUACUUGCGAGAGUCGUACACUGCCAUUCUCUGUGCAAACCUUCCACUGACCUACCCACUCAUCCAACGCAUCUUCGGCCUUCGCAACUGGAGCUCCAACACGUACGAUUCCUCAAAUGCUUACGGCCGUUCCACCAUCCAACCACAGCCGUCCUCGAUACGUCGUCCCGACGCGUCUUGGUCGGAACCGACGCCACAACAGAUACCUCGAGGGUUUAGGGAUAUUUUCCGGAAGACAGAGAGCCAAGAGGACAUAAAUGGUGGCUUGGGGAAGCAAAAAGAGGAACGCGACCCGGAGUUCAUCACAAGCGCCAUUGAGAUGGAAGACGCGCAGUCGCAUCGGGCGUCCAGCGUGGGCGGCCCUGGGAGCUGGCGGACCUCUCGCAGCAUGGAGGACAGAAACAAGAGCCCGGAAACAUUUCACCCUGUUUGAAUGAUGCCAUGACCUUUAUUAACAAAAAUUAUUCUUAUUCACAUUUUCGCUUUGCCAAGUUUCGUAUUGACCUCGAUUGCAGCAGGGCCACGAACAAGCCAAGAACUCUAGACUCACCUGGAGGAGUAGAGAUCUUCCUGGCCUGUUACUUGGUGGUCUUGUGUCUUCGUCAUUGCG